AGGGCUCAGCCCCCAGAGAGGGCGGAGAGAUGGUACAGUUGUUCCCCCAGCCCUGGCAGGGCGGGCAGCAUGGUUCACUCCAGCAUGGGGGCUCCAGAAAUAAGAAUGUCUAAGCCCCUGGAGGCCGAGAAGCAAGGUCUGGACUCCCCAUCUGAGCACACAGACACUGAAAGAAAUGGACCCGACACUAACCAUCAGAACCCCCAGAAUAAGACCUCCCCAUUCUCCGUGUCCCCAACUGGCCCCAGCACCAAGAUCAAGGCUGAAGACUCCAGUGGUGACUCAGCCCCAGCAGCACCCCCGGCCCCCCAGCCGGCUCAGCCUCACCUGCCCCAGGCCCAACUCAUGCUGACGGGCAGCCAGCUAGCUGGGGACAUACAGCAGCUCCUCCAGCUCCAGCAGCUGGUGUUGGUGCCGGGCCACCACCUCCAGCCACCUGCCCAGUUCCUGCUGCCGCAGGCCCAGCAGAGUCAGCCAGGCCUGCUACCGACGCCAAAUCUAUUCCAGCUACCUCAGCAAACCCAGGGAGCUCUUCUGACCUCCCAGCCCCGGGCAGGGCUUCCCACACAGCCCCCCAAAUGCUUGGAGCCGCCAUCCCACCCAGAGGAGCCCAGUGAUCUGGAGGAGCUGGAGCAGUUCGCCCGCACCUUCAAGCAACGUCGCAUCAAGCUGGGCUUCACGCAGGGUGAUGUGGGCCUGGCCAUGGGCAAGCUCUACGGCAACGACUUCAGCCAGACGACCAUUUCUCGCUUUGAGGCCCUCAAUCUGAGCUUCAAGAACAUGUGCAAACUCAAGCCCCUCCUGGAGAAGUGGCUCAAUGACGCAGAGACUAUGUCUGUGGACUCAAGCCUGCCCAGUCCCAACCAGCUGAGCAGCCCCAGCCUGGGUUUCGAUGGGCUGCCCGGCCGGAGACGCAAGAAGAGGACCAGCAUCGAGACAAACGUCCGCUUCGCCUUAGAGAAGAGUUUUCUAGCGAACCAGAAGCCUACCUCAGAGGAGAUCCUGCUGAUCGCCGAGCAGCUGCACAUGGAGAAGGAAGUGAUCCGCGUCUGGUUCUGCAACCGGCGCCAGAAGGAGAAGCGCAUCAACCCCUGCAGCGCGGCGCCCAUGCUGCCCAGCCCCGGCAAGCCGGCCAGCUACAGCCCCCACCUGGUCACACCCCAAGGGGGCGCAGGGACCUUACCACUGUCCCAAGCUUCCAGCAGUCUGAGCACAACAGUUACUACCUUAUCCUCAGCUGUGGGGACGCUCCACCCCAGCCGGACAGCUGGAGGGGGUGGGGGCGGGGGCGGGGCCGCGCCCCCCCUCAAUUCCAUCCCCUCUGUCACUCCCCCACCCCCGGCCACCACCAACAGCACAAAUCCCAGUCCUCAAGGCAGUCACUCGGCUAUCGGCUUUUUUCUAACCCCAGCACGGGGUAACACAAUGGUGGGGUUGGGCUCCGGGCUGAGUCCGGCCCUCAUGAGCAACAACCCUUUGGCCACUAUCCAAGCCCUGGCCUCUGGUGGAACCCUGCCCCUUACCAGCCUUGACGGCAGCGGGAACCUGGUGCUGGGGGCGGCCGGCGCAGCCCCUGGGAGCCCUGGCCUGGUGACUUCGCCACUCUUCUUGAACCACGCCGGGCUGCCCCUGCUCAGCGCCCCGCCUGGCGUGGGCCUGGUCUCGGCAGCCGUGGCGGCCUCCAUCUCCAGCAAGUCUCCUGGCCUCUCCUCCUCCUCCUCCUCGUCCUCCUCAUCCUCCUCCUCCACUUGCAGCGAGGCGGCAGCACAGACCCCUGGAGGCCCAGGGGGGCCCGAGUCAGGGUCCAAACCCGAGUGAGGGCGCGGCGUGCCUCCCCUCCUCUCUCCUCUCUGACCUCCACCUCGGUGGUCCACCUGGGAAGAGGGUGAGGAGGUCAGUGGGGGGCACAGAGGGUCCUCGGCGCCGGAGAUACAAUGGAGGAAGGAAAGACCAAAAACAAAACAAAACAACAACAAAAAAAAACCAAAAAAAAAAAAAAAAGGAAGAAACCAACCCACAAACGUGAAAACCAAAAAGAAUCACAACAGAAACCAGCUGUCCCAAAGGAACCAGAGGUAAAAAGAAACAAACGGAACCAAAACAAACACCCCCACCCCAAUCAAACAAACCAAAAACCAGUCUCGAGCCAGACCUCAGUGUGCUCACCCUCACUGCUAAGACACCAAAUAAGAACCCCAGCCAGGGGCGGCGAAGCCUCCAACAGGUGGGACCUCAUGUCACCCAGCCCUGGCUGUGGGGCCAACCCCAAUCUUGCCUCCCCCAGUGGGGGCUGGAGAAGGAUAAAAAGAGAAUGUGCUAGCUGUGUAGCCCCAGCCCCUAGCCCUGGGCGGCGAAGACACGGCACAGUCCAGGGCCAAUGAGCCGGGGCUCAGAACCACCGCCAAAUAUUCUUUUCCAGAAGGCGAAAGAGAAAGGGCCUGAACAACCUUACACCAAAUAUUCAGUAGCUUCAUCCAAAGGAUGUACAGAAUUUUUAGCGUUGUGCUCAACAGAAUGUGUUCCUACCAUGCACCCCUCUCCCCUGGUCCCUAGCUCUCCCUGCCUGGGCACGGGAGUCUUGCUUUAACCUCCUCCCUCCCCCAGUCAGGGGAGAGCUCAAGGGAAGGCCUGGGGAUGACUUUUCACCCCCGUAUUUUCCCUUUCCAGGGUGGGCUAGGCCAUUUUGCCAAGUUCUAGCUCUCACAAGUCCCUCCUCAACCCUGUCACCCUCCGUUGCUCUGGAAUCUACCCCUCCUCAGCCUAUGGGAAGGUGGACAUUUCGGGCAAGAGAGGAUGGGUGAGGGCGCUCAAGUCGUCUUUUUUUUUUUUUCUUCCCAUCCUGUCAGUUUCCCUGAAAAAAGAAUUCAUAUUCCAGUGCCUAUCCGUGGGAUCCUUCACGUUCUUUGACAUUAACCAGAAACCAAAAAGAGAACUCGCCUCACUCUUCCCACCCUGUGUCCCACCCCAAUACUGGCAAACGCCUCUCCCCCCACUACAUACAUGCACACACGCACGCACUCCAGUGGUGGGGUUCCUCAAGAUGGCAUCCCCAUCAGAGUCCAUGUGGUGGGGACACUGCCACUACCUGUGGACCCCAUCCAAGAGAGCGCUAUGGUGGCCACCACUCCCACGAGACCAUCAUGAGUCUUGGCUGGACCCUGGGUUUGCCCAGCCCAGGACACAUCUCAACCAUGGACAGAGGAGAGAUGACACUGGGAGCCACCUUGUCCUCCUGCUAUGGUGGAGGCCAACAGUUUUGAACCAAAACCAAAACAAACAAACAAACAAAAAAAAAAAACAAAACAAAAAACAGAAAACCAAACAAACAAUAAAUUAAAACUAGAAAAAAAAAUUUAUAGAUAUAUAUAUAUAUAUAUGUAUAAGGGAAAGAAGAUGAGAACUCUUCAAGAAAACGAAGGAGCCGCGUGGCGGAGCCUAGCCUGCACCAGUGGUCCAGGCCCUUGGUCCCCAAGGCGGAUGGAAGGACGGAUGCUUCUUUCUCUUCACAAAUACCUCAUGGACGUCGUCUUCGGGAAAGCCGGAGGGAGGCGGCUGGGGCAGGGCCUGUCCCUCAGCCAGGGCGGAUGGAGCGGGUGGGCGGGGCUGAGAGUGGGUGUCAGGGACAGGGGCCAAGAGCCUCAAACUCCCCGCCCCCCCAAUCAACUGAAAAAGCUUUAAAAAAAAAAAAAAAAAAAGGAAAAAAAAAAAAA